AAAUCUAUAAAUAUAUAAAUCUUUUGAAAAGUAGCUGCACAUUAAGAUUUGGUCUUGACUUUAUAUGAUAAUUACUAUAUCAAUCACACACCAAUAUGAUUUUUUGAUUUCUACAUUUUGUGGAGGUUUCAAACUGCCAUUUCAGGGAAGGCAAUCAAAUGCUGUUCUAUUUUCGUUUUUUUGUUUAAAGUUCAAAUGGUUUACUCCCUGAUAAUUGUAGUUAAAAAAAUUAUUAUUAAUUUUAACAUUUUAAUAGAUUUUGUAAGCAUAAAUAUAAUUUUGUUCUCCAAUGUCUACAUAUCGAGUUUUUUCUGGCAUUCAGCCAACUGGUGUUCCACAUCUUGGAAAUUAUCUUGGUGCUAUUAAACACUGGGUUAACAUUCAAACCAAAAUGACCAGUAGCAGUCAGAAGAACCUUGUGAUGUUUUGUGUGGUGGAUUUGCACUCCUGUACAACUGUUCAAGAUUCAAAAACAAUGAAAGAUAACAUAUUCAAUAUGGUAGCUUCGCUGUUAGCAUGUGGAAUUGAUCCGAAAAAAAGUUUAAUUUUCCAGCAAUCGCAGGUUCCUUAUCACACCGAUUUGGCCUGGUUUUUAUCAUGUCUUACUCCAAUGGGACAGUUGAAGCGCAUGCACCAGUGGAAGAGCAAAAAAAGUAAAGAUCGAGAUCGCAACAACCUUGGUUUGUUUUCGUAUCCUGUACUUAUGGCUGCUGAUAUCUUAUUGUAUAAGUCAACCCAUGUUCCAGUCGGUGAAGACCAGCUCCAGCAUAUCGAACUUGCGAGAGAUUUAUGUGACAACUUCAACAAAAAAUACACGUAUACGUUUCCUCACCCGAAAGCUAUACUCACGCAAUCGUCUCGUGUCAUGAGUCUGAAAAAUCCGCUUGAAAAAAUGAGCAAGUCUCAUCAAAGCGUGUCGUCGAGGAUCGAGUUAACCGAUAAUCCGAAUAUUGUGUCGGAAAAACUGAAAAAAGCCGUAACUGAUUCGGAACCGUAUAUUAGUGAAGAUCUAUCCGACAGACCAGGCGUACGCAAUUUAGUAGACAUUUAUUGCGCAUUAAGUGGAAUGACUGUGGAAAAUGUUGUGAGGAAAUACCAAAACAUUCAAUAUUUUACUCGAGAUUUAAAAAAUGACGUUACCGACUUAGUUAUAGACACUAUAAAACCAAUCCAGAGCGAAUUUGAAAAACUUCAAAAUGAGAGGCCAUAUUUGGAAGAAAUAUUAAAAACUGGUUCGAUUGAAGCAAACACUGUUGCUAGGGUAACAAUGGACGAAGUUUACCGCAACAUCGGUCUGAGGUAGCUCGUAUUUAUCAAUAAGAAAUAGCUUUUUAAUAAUUUAUCAAAAAAUUUACAUCAUUUUUA